AUGUCAGAACACGUGCUACCGGCCGAAGAGCCGGUGAGGUUCAUCGCGCCAAUAAUUCAAGACAACCUGACAGGAUGGGGGCCUUGCGAAAUGCCGGAACAAUUUCGUGACAUGCCCUAUCAACCCUUCAGUAAAGGCGAUCGCUUGGGUAAAAUAAGCGAUUGGACUGUCAUACAAGACAAGAAAUACCAGAACAAGUACGCAUCUCAAUUCGGCGCUGGAUCGUCAUAUGCGUACUACCACGAUGAAGAUGAGUCAACAUUUCACUUGGUGGAUACAACUCGCAUUCAGAAGCCCCCGUACCAGCGCGGGCGCGCCCGGGGGCAACGCGGACGUGGCGCGAGGGGUGCACGUACUCCAGGCGGUAUGACUACUUUAAGCAAGCAACGUGACCGUAAAAUGGGCAAGAGAUGGGGCCAGCGUGGUGCUCCAAUGAAAAUUCGGGAUGCAUCGGUCACUGUACGACCCACUUGGGUUACCAUUGAGGACAUGGACUUCCCUCGACUUGCUAAACUCUCUUUACCUGGAAUUAAAGAAGGCGAAGACAUUGCAUGCUGUGGUACUCUCGAGUACUACGACAAGGCUUAUGACCGUGUCAAUGUCAAACAUGAGAAGGCACUGCAGCGUAUUGAUCGUAUUUUCCAUACGGUGACAACUACUGAUGACCCUGUGAUUCGACGCCUCAGUAAGACGACCGGUACGGUAUACGCGACAGACACCAUUCUCGCCACCAUCAUGUGCUGCACACGCUCCAACUAUUCAUGGGACAUUGUCAUUGAGAAGAUUGGUGACAAGCUGUUUUUCGACAAACGCGACAACACGGAAUUCGACCUGUUGACCGUGAACGAGACGUCUGUGGAACCGCCCACAGACGACGGCAAUUCCAUCAAUUCGCCACGCAACCUUGCACUCGAAGCUACCUUCAUCAACCAUAACUUUAGCCAACAGGUGCUGAAAUCGGGCCCGAACGAGCCCAAGUUCAAGUUCCCCGAGCCAAACCCGUUUGUGUCCGAAGAGGAAGGCGAAGUCGCCUCCGUAGGAUACCGCUACCGCAAGUGGAAUUUGAACAAUGGUGUUGUUCUGGUAGCCCGUUGCGAGCACGACGCGGUAAUGCAAGGUCCACAGAACGAAACUCAGUUCCUCACGAUCAAGGCACUUAACGAGUGGGACUCGAAGCUCGCAAACGGUGUUGAGUGGCGGCAGAAACUCGACACUCAGCGCGGUGCAGUGCUUGCCAACGAGUUGAGGAACAAUUCUUGCAAGCUUGCUAAGUGGACCGUGCAGGUGAGUACAAUGUGUAACAAGUAG